CGUUUAGCUUUAGGUGAUAAUUCCGCCGGUCGCCAUAUUCAUUUCAGAUUCUGUCAAGAGGUGAGAGUCAGCCAUUCGGAAGUAAAUUUUCCAAAUAACAACCCAUUUCGGUUAAAUCUCUAUUUAUCACCGCAAAGAAACGGAAAAAGCUAUGUUUGCUCUCAAAUCUGUUAUGCGAAUGAGCCGAGCACGGUAUAGUGUUGUUGUGGCACCACCUUCAAAUCCUAUGACUACGGCCGAAAAGUGUGGCCACAUGUUCGUUAUGAUUGUUGUAAUGUUUACGUGCCCUAUAUAUAUUACUCUUAACAUCCACAAAUAUCGCAAGCUGGAUUAAGUACCUAGUUGGUUUAAAUGUGUAGUCUAUUCCUACAUGUAGAAAAGUAAAAUAUAUCGUACUGUCUGAACCAUAUUAUUUAAAUGUUGAACUGCAUGAUUUAAAUAGUUACUUGGUGCCAUUUUUCCCAAAACUGCAUUGGAGUAAACAUUCCUAACUUUCUCUCUGGUACCUAUUUGAAAAAAUUUGAUGAUUUUGCAUGAAUGUUUGAUUGCUGAUAAUGAUAAUUCCAAUAAAUUUGGAAAACGUUCUGUUUAAAAUGGUGAAAGUAUCAGAAAACACGUAGUAAUGUAAGUACAUUGUAACUGUAUUUUUCUGAAACUAAUUCACCACUUUGUCUCUAAAAAGGGCGAAAAAAUGUAACUUUCCUCUCUAGUGAGGAAAGUAAAAAAAAUUAGCAAUCUAUUGUUUGCACUGAAAUGAUCGACAUUUAUAAUAAUUAUUUCAAUGGUUGUUUGGUUCAGCUGAUAUUCAAUUCGAUUAGAAGUAUACGUACAUAAUAUCAAAAUUUCACAAAAAUCAUUCGAUAAAUAGGAAAGUUAGGUCUGCGCAUGCGCAAAUUUAUUUCAUAGUAUGUUCCCUAAGAAUCACUUUAAUGAGAAGUAUAUCGUUAAAAUAUCUUGGUAAGAAGUUGGGAUACGCUUGCGCAGAAACGGAAACUUAUUCGACAUCCUUUUUCUUUUCGCCCACCCUACACUACCUACAUAAAAACAAACCGCAGCCUUCUACGAGGUCUGAGUGCUGAGAUCUGAAACCUUCACCCAGCCGACGGAAUUCACUCAUGUAUAAGCAUAGUGUAAGGUAUAAGCUUUACUUUCACGAAAGAUACGCAAAAAAUUCCCAUCGCACAAUAAAAGUUUAUUUGUACUUUGACGAUGAAAGCGCCACUUAAUCCACAAAUUACAGAAAUAAAAAGUUUGUUUUUUUAAUUGUUUAGGAAUAAAUAAAUAAGAUAUUUUGUCACUAUAACUUGUGUGAAGGUAAUUAUAUAAUGAGGCAAUUACCAUUUUAUUGUUCAUUUUGCAUUUUUAACGUGAAGAUAGUGUUAAAACGUUUACGUUUGUUACAUUAUUCCCUACUCACACAUAUACCUAUAUGUCCUGUUUAAAAAGGCGUAUAGAUCUUUUUCACACUAUCUUGUUUUCUCGAGCACAAAUUUCGCUCGUUCCGGGCUCGCCCACAGAGACAAAAUUAGUAUAGUGAUAAGAUAAAGUACCUACCAUAGUACUACAGCUUUUUAAUUGCUUGACGAUGAAUUUUAAAACUUUACCUUGAUAACAUACAUUAUAGGCGACAUGUUAGGUCAAAAAACCUUGGAGUGCUUCUGAUAAGAAUGUCAGAUGUAUAUCAUCUUUCCACGACAUAAUUAUCACAUAUUUGCUUAUUAAAUGUACCAUUGUAUUUAAAUGGGAUGAUUUUACCUACACGAAAAGAAACGUAAGAACUGAUAAGGAACAUGAGUGCACAUUCAUUUUGUUGAUAAUCUCGCCUAGUGAAUACCUACAUAUUUUUGGAUACCUUUACAGAACUAUAGUUUUAAAAUUAGUGGCAACAAUUAGAGUGACCACAAGAAAUUGCGAUUAAUAUAUAAGUAAGCAACAUAAUACCGAUAUCAUUAUCUUGAGAUAUAUUAAAAACUAGAUUAGGCAGAGUUACUAACCACAAAAUUGUAGUAGUCAACCCAAUAUAUUAAUAUACCUAUCGCGAGUGUGCCCAAACCGAGAAGCAAUGGCUCAAGAUCUUUCAGAACUUCACCAAAAACUCCAUAAAGUCCUUUAUGACGAAACCAAGGUUUGGUCACCAGUUUUUAAAAUAAUCGAAAAAAAUAUUGGAAUAGAAAGACAAUUUAUAGUUAUAGGAUUUGGCGUUUUUCUUUUAUUAUGGUUAAUUUUCGGUUACGCCGGUCAGCUACUUUCCAAUAUUGUUGGAACAGCGUAUCCCGCCUAUGCUUCGAUGCAUGCAAUUGAGACGACAAAUCCGACAGAUGAUACGAAAUGGUUAACAUACUGGGUGGUAUUUUCCUUUUUCUCCAUCGUCGAAUACUUUGCGGCGAUUAUUGUUGGAUGGUUUCCAUUGUAUUGGUUAGCAAAGUGCGCUUUCCUUGUAUGGUUAAUGAUUCCUGUUAGUUUCAAUGGAUCCUUAGUGAUAUAUAAUAGUAUAAUUAAACCAUACUUUCUGCAAUAUCACGGCAUUGUCGACGAUGCUCUCGAUAAAGCUCAAAAGUCGGCUAAUGAAGCUUUAGAUGCUGCCAAGGUGAAAUAAUUUUUAUAAUGCAUGUUCCUUUACUUUUAGGUGUUAUCGUGACUUUCCUUUUCGUUUGUUGAAAGACCUCUCACUGUACUUAUUUAACAUGAUUGUGAUUUAGAGUAAAGCUUUUGAUAUUUGUGA